GAAGAUGCAGAGAUGGUCAUUGGCACUGGGAUCCAAUCACUGGUGGAGCCAAGACGUUGGUCCUUCUCCUUCCAGCUUUGGCCUGCUGAAAAGACAUCAGUUUUGGGACUGGAAUUCCCAAACACUCCGGCCCCGCUGUUUUCCCCAGGGGUCGAUUUUCCUGCAGUGAACCAUGAUUGUCCUCUGUGUUUUCCUCGUUCUGUGCUGUAGUUUGGUCCAGGGUCAGUUCCCACGGGCCUGUAUCACAUCUGAGACAUAUCAGACAAAAACCUGUUGCCCCCUUUGGAAGGACGGCAGCCCCUGCGGCACCAAGUCUGGUCGUGGCACAUGCCGUAACUGGGUCGUGCCUGUUGCCUUUGCAAGUCUCCGAGAAGGCCCAGGCCCACGCCAAUUUGAUGACGACCGCUUGGACUGGCCGAAAUAUUACUACGACAAAACCUGUGAAUGCUCUGGAAACUACAGCGGCUAUGAUUGCGGUGACUGUAGGUACGGGUAUUUCGGAAACAAAUGUGACCGCAAAAUCACCGUUGUGCGUAAGGAAAUUCGAGAACUUUCUUUGGUCGAAAGGAAAAGAUUCUUCAGCUACUUAGUGCUGGCCAAAACCACAAAAAGUCAGGAAUUUGUCAUCCUUUACACCGGAGACCGCCAUCACAAGGGCACAUACCAGUUUAUUGAUGCCACCAUCUAUGAUGUGUUUUCCUGGAUCCAUUACUACUCUAUAAAGGGAAUUCUAAAGGAUGGGAGAUUUGAUGCAAGAACCAACUAUGCCCAUCAAGGUCCAGCUUUUCCCGGUUGGCAUCGAUUGGGCCUCCUCUUCCUGGAGAGACAAAUUCAGCUGUUAACGGGGGACGAAAAUUUUGGCCUUCCUUAUUGGGACUGGAGAGGAGAUAAAAACUGCUCAAUCUGCACCGAUGACUUCCUUGGAGAUAAUGACGUGCAAGGAUAUCUCAGUCAAUACUCCCAUUUUGCUUUUUGGAAGUCUAUUUGCAGCGGUUACGACUAUGAUGAAGCUUACUGCCUGGGUGCUCACGACCAGAAUCAGAUGGAAAAACUGCAUAGGAAGCCUGGCAUUAAUCCUGAUUCCCCUAGCCUGCCCACUAUGCAAGACGUGGAGGAAACUCUGAAAUGGAAAAAUUUUGACACCCGUCCCUACAACAGAUCAGCAACGAGAAGCUUCCGUAAUGCCUUAGAAGGCUUUAUAAAUCCUAGAGAUGGAGUAACGCGACAGAACGGCAUGCAUAACAUGGUCCAUACCUACCUCGGAGGGACGAUGGGCGAGGUUCCAAUCUCCAGCAACGAUCCUAUAUUUGUACUGAACCAUUGUUUUGUUGACAAGAUCUUCGAGGCAUGGAUUCUCAGAAACAAUGCAACUUCAGACCUGUACCCUAUAAAUGACCAACCAGGCCAAGGUCCUGAGGAGUGCUCCACUCCGUACUUCCCGUGUUACAGGAACAAAGACCUUCUACGCAACUCUACCAGAUUUGGAUACAUCUACUCUAAAUACAAGGGGUUGUAAUGCGCCUUUGAAGCAAGUCUUAUGAGACUGGGAUCUGUUCUUUGUGUGAUGGGAAAACUGAGUGUGCAACCUAAGAACCACAACAAGCUCUCAUAUGUAAUCUCUCCAAUUGUCUCACUCCAAAAAUCCUCCAUGAUGUCUUUCCAGUGUAAUUUUGUAGAUCAUAACACAUUCUAACUGAAGAAUUAAAAUCAUGAAAAUAAACCUAC